AUGAAGUUGCCUGCGAACCCGCAGGACCCGAUCGUGAUGGCGGGUCUGGGUACGGGUAUGGCUCCGUUCCGUGCGUUCAUCCAGGAGCGUGCGUUCCUGCGCUCACAGGGCGUCAAAGUCGGUCCAGUCGCGCUGUACUUUGGCAGUCGUCACAAGGCCAAGGAGUAUCUGUAUGGCGACGAACUGGACGCGUUCGAGGCAGACGGUCUGGUAACGUACCUUCGCUGCGCAUUCUCGCGUGACCAGGAGCACAAGGUGUACAUCCAGGAUAAAAUCGCUGAGGACAAGGAGAUUCUGGCAGACUUGCUGUUGCGCCAGAACGGUCACUUCUACCUGUGUGGUCCGACGUGGCCUGUGGCGGAUGUACGUGAAGCGUUGGUGAGCUCGUUCACUCAAGUUGGUGGACUGGACUGUCGUCAGGCGAACGCGACGAUCGAACGCAUGCGCGAGGAAGGCCGCUACGUGCUGGAAGUGUAUUAAGCGGUGAGAAGCUGACUCCAAACGUUUGAUGUCAAUCAAUCCUUUUUUCAUUUGCUA